CACUUUAGGAAGAGAGUCAAUUGGAUAAAAUUGAAAAUAACUGGAAAGGAAUGACUUUUUAUCCCCUCCCCCCUUAUUUUGGUAAUGCUUACAUUUCAGUUUUUGGCUUUCACUCACCAGUGACCAAAGACUUGACCACUCAAAGUCCAGCUCUCUGUAACUGCUAGAAAUGGACACCGGUGUGAUUGAAGGUGGAUUAAAUGUCACUCUCACCAUCAGACUACUUAUGCAUGGAAAGGAAGUUGGCAGCAUCAUCGGGAAGAAAGGAGAAUCUGUUAAGAAGAUGCGUGAGGAGAGUGGUGCACGUAUCAACAUCUCAGAAGGGAAUUGUCCUGAAAGAAUUAUCACUUUGGCUGGACCGACCAAUGCCAUCUUCAAAGCCUUUGCUAUGAUCAUUGACAAACUGGAAGAGGACAUAAGCAGCUCUAUGACCAAUAGCACAGCUGCCAGUCGACCCCCUGUGACCUUACGGCUGGUGGUCCCUGCUAGUCAGUGUGGCUCCCUCAUCGGAAAAGGUGGUUGCAAGAUCAAGGAAAUAAGAGAGAGUACAGGGGCUCAGGUCCAGGUGGCAGGGGAUAUGCUCCCCAACUCAACUGAGCGAGCAAUCACUAUUGCUGGCAUUCCGCAGUCCAUCAUUGAGUGUGUCAAACAGAUCUGCGUGGUCAUGUUGGAGACUCUCUCCCAGUCCCCCCCGAAGGGCGUGACCAUCCCGUACCGGCCCAAGCCCUCCAGUUCUCCAGUCAUCUUUGCAGGUGGUCAGGACAGGUACAGCACAGGCAGCGACAGUGCGAGCUUUCCCCACACCACCCCGUCCAUGUGCCUCAACCCUGACCUGGAGGGACCACCUCUAGAGGCCUACACCAUUCAAGGACAGUACGCCAUUCCACAGCCAGAUUUGACCAAGCUGCACCAGUUGGCAAUGCAACAGUCCCAUUUUCCCAUGACCCAUGGCAACACCGGAUUCAGUGGCAUUGAAUCCAGCUCUCCAGAGGUGAAAGGCUAUUGGGCAGGUUUGGAUGCAUCUGCUCAAACGACUUCUCAUGAACUUACCAUUCCAAAUGAUUUGAUUGGCUGCAUAAUUGGGCGUCAGGGCGCUAAAAUCAAUGAGAUCCGUCAGAUGUCUGGGGCGCAGAUCAAAAUUGCAAACCCAGUGGAAGGGUCUACUGAUCGUCAGGUCACCAUCACCGGAUCUGCUGCCAGCAUUAGCCUGGCUCAGUAUCUGAUCAACGUCAGGCUUUCCUCGGAGACAGGUGGCAUGGGGAGCAGCUAGAACAGUGCAGACUCACCCAUAACCCUCUCUGCUGUUCACCACCACCCAUGAUCCAUCUGUGUAGUUUCUCAACAGUCAGCGAUUCCAGGUUUUAAAUAGUUUGUAAAUUUUCAGUUUCUACACACUUUAUCAUCCACUCAUGAUUUUUUAAUUAAAGUGUUUUAAUUCCUUUCUCUGUUCAGCAGUUAUGCUGAAAUCCAUAUUUAGUUUUAUAAGCUUCUCCCCUUUUUUCCUUUUUUUUUUUUUUUUUUUUUUUUGGCUCAUGAAUUUUUGUUUGUCAUGGAAAUGUAAGAGUGGAAUAUUAAUACAUUUCAGUUUAGUUCUGUAAUGUCAGGAAUUUUUCAAAAAAAAAAAUUAAAAGAUGGACUGGAGCUUUUUCUUUGUGAAUAGAAACUGGAUGCCACAGUGA